AGUCAAUUUUCGGUAUAGCCUUAGAAAGUACUGAUGUAUUGGGACACCCUGUAGGUACGCAAAACACUUCCAUCCCCAGCUGACUCAAUAAUCAACCUUGUACCUAGUGGCAAAGAAAAACUUAUUUAAAACAGUCCUGAAUCCUAGAACACUAAAAAAGCCGAGCAGUGUAUAAUAGAGCGAAACAAUAGUACAAACCGACUACCUUACCAGAGCUUAAUCCGCUUGAUUUGUUACGUGCAUCAGUCCUAGAAAUUCUUCGGACCAAAGAUAAUUUAAAUAUUAUUUCACCCGCCUUUGGGAACAUGCAGAUACGCGCUUUUGCAUUGGGGCGGCAGUUUCAAUUUUUUGGCUUGCUGCUGCUGCUUGGGGCGGCAAUUGAAGUGAAGAGUUACUUUGACGAGGAUGAAAACUAUCCGAGAUUCUUAACGGCAGCGGUUGGUGACUUUAUAGUGUUUGAUUGUGAAAUUGAUUUUCCACAAGGAUACCCGAUACCUUAUAAACUUUUUUGGAAAAGAGGGGAAAAAAUCGUCUUCUCAUGGUACGAGGGACAGACUAGCGAAGACGAAGAAUACGUGGGUCGCAUUGCUUUGGUGGAUAAAAACAUUUCCAACGGUUACUACGAGCAGGGAUAUGAGCGCCCUUACCAACACUAUGGAAGGGCUUCAAUCAAUCUCACUUCUAUAAGAGAAGCGGAUGCUGGAUGGUAUGAAUGUAGGAUAAUGUUCCCUACCAGAACACCCCCGUAUAGGAACAAUGGCACUUGGUUCCAUCUCACAGUAAGCGGCGGAAAUCUCCUCGCAAUACCACCGAUUAAUCAAACAGUCCAAGAAGGAGAAGAAGCCAAAUUCGAAUGCGUUGUUAAAGACAUUACCCUGAUCAGGGUCCGAUGGCUGAAGGACGGCAUAGCGCUCAGCGCCUAUCAGGAUCUAUCUAGACGAUCACUGCUGGAGAAAGAUGGCACUUUGGUAAUACAUCCGACAGACAUGGGAGAUUAUGGGGAAUAUGAAUGCGAAGCCACCAAUCAAGCAGGAGAUUUGCAGAAAGCAAAGGCAUUUCUGAAUGUUCAAUAUAAAGCCAAAGUGGUUUAUGCGCCGCCUGAAUUGCAUCUGCCCUAUGGAAGACCUGCUAUGAUUGAUUGUCACUAUAGGGCAAAUCCACCUUUAACGAACCUCAGAUGGGAAAAAGACGGUUUUCUCUUCGAUCCCUACAACGUCCAGGGUGUUUUCUAUCGAAAAAAUGGCAGUUUGUACUUGAGCCAAGUAGAUGAAAGCCAUGCUGGAAGUUACACGUGCACCCCGUAUAACGAUUUGGGCACUCAAGGACCGUCUCCUGGCAUGUACGUGAUAGUCCAGAAGGCCCCAAUUUUCACUGUUACUCCUCACAAUUUGUACUUGCGAAAGUUGGGAGAAACUAUUGAAAUCCCUUGCGAUGCUCGAGAUGGAAAUAACGGCCAUUCGCCGAUUAUUGUUUGGAGUAAAAAAGGUUCUUCGCUGCCAUUGGGUCGAUAUACUAUCAAUGAAAACAAUCUGACAAUAACGGAAAUUGAGGAAGGAGAUAGAGGCAUUUACCAGUGCUCUGCAACUAAUAAAGCUGCCACUGUAACCGCAGAGACUGAAUUACUUGUAGAAAAUAUUCCCUCCAAUGCUCCCUACAACCUUUCGGCGGUAUCUUCGGCAACUUCCGUCCACUUAACUUGGUUGUCGCGAAGACAGCAAAACGUGGAGUUUAGUGUUUGGUAUAAGAAAAUCGAAAAUACCGAGUGGAGGACUUAUCAGGUACCAACGUCUAGAUCUCAAGAAGCCACCAUUACCAACCUGGAACCAGGGACGGAGUACGAGUUUAUGGUGUUGUGCAAAGACGACAAUGGAGGAGGCCCGUUUAGCAAAUCGUUGAGGAUUUGGACUCAAACAGAACAACAGCAUGAAACGAAUUUAUUCAAGGGCCCAGUCCCCUUGGAUUACACGAGAAAUGUGCAAGUGAAGCCCACUGACGAUGGUUUAUUGGUUACCUGGGAUCCUCCAGAGUUUGGCAUGGAGUUGUUUAAAACAUACGUAGUUAGAUGGAGUGAAGCAGCUGAUGAGUAUCUAUUUGGGUCAGCAGAAACUGCUGAAACAACUUACCUUAUUAGGAAUCUAUCGGAAGGUACCGAAUACGAUCUACAAGUGGUCGCCCAGUCUGUAGACGAUCAGCAGGCUGUAGGCGAUAAAAUCAGGGUUCUUUAUCCAGGAUUUAAAAGUAUCAGGGCGAUUUCUACAGGUAUUAUUGGAGGACUUGCGUUUCUAGCCGUGGUGUUUGUCGCAGUGUUUUUCGUCAGGAAGAAGUGUUUUCGAAACAGACCACCUCUCAUCAAGAAAUAGUAUUUUGCACAACAUAGAAUAGUGUUUAACAUUUAAAAAUCUAUUAAAUAAUAGCGUAGAAAGUGUAUUUUUAUAUAGAGUUUCAAAUAAAUGCAAUUGAUUUUCA